AUGACUCUAAUACAGCAAAAGGCACAGUCACUCAUUGGGACUAUCUCAAUUAGGGGUGGGCAAACGGUUCCCGAGCCCCAUAAUCAGUCUCACACUCUCACUGUCACUCUCACUCCCAGUCUCCCACCACCUCUCCACCAUCUGUCACUCCCUCUCCCUCGACUGCCUCGACUCCGACGACGUCCCAAAGAACCCAGCCCAUCAUCGCCGUCGCGACCAUCAUCACCUCAUCACCGACGACAUCCCAGGACCCAGAACCGCGAUUCUCUCGUCUUUGACAACACCAGCGCCGUCGACGACACUGCUACCACGUUUUUGGUGUGGCAGCUGAGUUUUUCUGCCCUUCUCUUGGGGAGAACAAACACACUCAAUCAGAUUGUUCAUUCGGUCCAAGCAACUUCUCCUUACUGCCCUUCUCUUGGGUGUCAAAGAAUUUUGGUUUUAUAUAGAUCGAGCAUACAUUCUUUGAGGAGCAAGACUGAGCUAACUAUUAUGUGGAUUUCAUUUUUAGAUGUUGGAGGACGAUGUAAUAUUGUUAUUUUGGAUGUAUUGUUAAAACUUUAGCCGACCCCACUUAGUGGGAAAAGGCUUUGUUGUUGUUGUUGGAUGUAUUGUUAAAACUUAAUUUAUGAACUUGGAUAUUAGACUUUGUAUUUAGAUUAGA